UGUGUACAGCCACCCUUAUACCGAUUUACACGUGGAUAAGCAACUGUAACCUUAUAUACUAUAUUAUCUUUAAGUCUACUAAAGUCACGUUUCACUUCCAGGCGAUUAUUGUUUAUUAUCUUACUGGUUUUAAGUUGUUAAAAAUUGGAAAUUAUGUUUUUUCUGUGUGGGCGCAAUUCCUUGGGCAUUUGAUGAGUCUAAGUUCUGUGCUGUUCAUUCCUGGCUAUGCACUUUACAUUAAGCUAAAGUUGAAGAAGCCAUUUUCCGAGUUGGGUCAAAACGUAUUCCUCGAAACAAAUGAUACUGAUUCCAAAGAUGUCCCGUUACCAUUGUUGUCGCUUGGUAAAAAGUCACCAGUUGACCGACAUGCAAUCGAAAUUUGAAGUGUGGAAAGAUAACACUGUCUAACGUGUUUUUACUUCAAUCAAGUUCUACCUGAUGUUUUUUAACUCCAGAUAUAUACAGGGAUAGUACAAAUUAGACUGAAGAAUGUAUAGUAUGGAUGGAUCGUAUACCAAAACUGCCGUAGCUUCUUAAUUUGUUGCCGGUCGCCUAUUCGUGUUGUAAAUCGCUCAUUAACAAAAUCAUAUCAGGUUCGAUGUUGCGGCGUAUAUUUUUCGUUAAGACAGUUAGCGGUCUUCAAUAAUUACUGGUUUACCAAAGUGUCGGCCAUACAUGCAAAACUGCUUCUGACGUUGGACAUAAAAGAAUGAGCAAAACGCUCUUGAACAUACUUAUUAAACUGCAAGUUUUUGAAACUAAUUAAAUGUAGAAAGGUAGGCUACUAUAUAAACUAUUUUUCCAUUGUAUAUGGUGUUUGAUUGUACAUGCUAUACCAGCUAUGAUUGCAAAAGAUUUUCAGCGAUAACUUUAUGAGUAUAGUGCGUACCCAAUUUGUUGUAAGUUGAUCGAACCAUUGUGAAAAUUCAAGUAACCGGUAAUGUUAAAAAUCUAGCAUGUUCUUCAGUUUGUAUUGUUUUGGUGUCGUUAAGGGUUAGCUGUAGUUUCUUAGGGUUAAAUUGCUGAAUUUCUGUCACUGUUUGUUGAUAAUAUUAUUUUGUCACUGUUUGUUGAUAAUUAUCGGAACGUAUUUAUGCAUUAAUAUUUUACGGAAAUAUACUUCUUCGUUGUAUAACCUUACGGAAAAUAUAUAUACUCUUUCGUUGUAUUAUAAAUAUGUUUGUAUAAAUUUGUACAUUCUACACGGUAGGCAGUUUCAUGCAUUUUACUGUUCAAUAAAAUAAAUGCUUUUUUAAAGAAAAUUACUAUAAAAAUUGAGUAAUUUGUUUAAAAAAAACAAGUUUUCAUUGCUUAAUUCAGACGACAACCACAUUUUCAGAUUCAUUUAAUUAUAGUCUGACUAUUUCCAUCAGUGUUGCCGUUAGUAAAAUAUUUUCCACUCGCGUGUUUAGGCAAUUGCUUGAGUGUUUCUUUACUUCAAAAUGGCUGCCGCCAAUACAUUAAACAAAGUCCAGGAGGUUCGUGAAGUUACACGACUUGAGCGAAUAGGAGCUCACUCCCAUGUCCGAGGUCUUGGGUUGAAUGAUGACCUUGAACCAAGGCAAGUUUCACAGGGCAUGGUGGGCCAACUUGCCGCUCGACGGGCAGCUGGUGUUAUACUAGAAAUGAUUAAGGAGGGAAAAAUAGCAGGUCGUGCUUUGCUUAUUGCUGGGCAACCAGGCACAGGGAAAACAGCCAUAGCUAUGGGAAUGGCACAAGCAAUGAGCAAGGAUGCACCUUUCCAAGCAAUGGCUGGAAGUGAAAUUUUCUCGCUUGAAAUGAGCAAAACUGAAGCACUUACUCAGGCAUUCCGUAAAUCAAUUGGUGUUCGAAUAAAAGAAGAGACAGAGUUAAUAGAAGGAGAGGUUGUUGAAGUUAGUGUGGAAAGACCAGCUACUGGAACUGGAGCUAAAGUGGGAAAGUUAACACUGAAAACAACGGACAUGGAAACUGUGUUUGACCUCGGGCAGAAGAUGAUUGAACAGAUAACUAAGGAAAAAAUUCAAGCUGGUGACAUCAUAACAAUUGACAAGUCAAGCGGAAAGGUGUCGAAACUCGGUCGUUCGUUUACGAGAGCUCGUGAUUACGAUGCGACCGACUCCCAAACUCGCUUUGUUCAAUGUCCGGAGGGUGAGCUACAGAAGAGAAAGGAGGUCGUACAUACCGUCACCAUCCACGAGAUUGAUGUUAUUAACAGCAGAACACAAGGAUUUCUUGCUCUAUUUUCUGGUGAUACCGGUGAGAUCAAAAGUGAAGUUCGGGAACAAAUCAACUCGAAAGUUGCUGAAUGGAGAGAGGAAGGGAAAGCGGAAAUUAUUCCAGGUGUCCUCUUCAUUGAUGAGGUCCACAUGUUGGACAUUGAGUGUUUCUCUUUCCUCAAUAGACUACUGGAGAGUGACAUGGCACCUGUAUUGAUCAUGGCAACCAAUCGUGGCAUCACCAGAAUUCGAGGAACCAACUAUAAGAGCCCACAUGGAAUUCCAAUUGAUUUGCUCGACCGACUUUUAAUUAUUGCAACAAGUCCAUAUUCUGAGAAAGAAACUAAGCAGAUCCUCGAGAUCCGAUGUGAGGAGGAAGAUGUGGAAAUGGAGGAGCAAGCUCUCACUGUGCUCACGAGGAUUGGGUUGGAGACAUCGCUACGAUAUGCCAUCCAACUUAUCACGGCCGCGUCUUUGGUUUGCCGGAAACGAAAAGGAACUGAGGUUUCAGUGGAAGACAUUAAGAAGGUCUACUCUCUCUUUAUAGACGAAUCCAGAUCGACAACUUUCCUCAAGGAAUACCAAGAGGAGUUCAUGUUCAAUGAGUUGACUGGUGCUGGUGAUGCUACAACCAUGGAAGUUUCCUGAUCUGUAUAUUUUCAUAUUAAAAAUUCGCUUUUGUA